AUGAAGAAGCUCGUUGUCACGAAGCUGCUUGGACCGCAAGCACUCGAGCGGUCACGAGGCAUCCGUGCAGAGGAGCUAGAACGAUUUUACUUUACUAUACUAGAUAAGGCGGCGAAGAAGCUGAGCGUUGAUAUUGGUAAGCAAGUGAUGAAGUUAACUAACAACAUGACCUGUAGGAUGAACAUGGGGAGGAGUUGUUCACAGGAGAACGGUGAGGCGGAGAGAGUCAUGGAAUUGAUUAUCAAGUCAUUGGCUUUAGUAAAGAAGAUUUUCCUUGCAGACAUAUUUCAUAAGCCACUUAAGAAGCUUGGAAUUUCAUUGUUUAAUAAGGAGAUAAUGGGAGUUUCACGUGGAUUUGACGAGUAG